AUGGAUCCAUCGCAAGGCAUUCCCCCGCCCCUCAGCCAAGGAUGGGGCUAUGGUGUCACCGUCGGCUUCGGCUUGGCCUUUGCUGCCGGUAUGAUGGGCAUCACCGAAAUUCUCAAGCGGUCGACUGGCGAGAACAACCGUCACUUUGAGACGUUUGCCGUGGCCGGCCGCAAGAUUGGCACCGGUCUUACUGCUACAGCCGUCAUCUCCAGUUGGGCUUGGUCGACUGCGCUCCUGUCAAGUUCGCAAAUCACCUACAACUACGGCGUGGCCGGCGCCUACUGGUUUGCAGCUGGAUGUCUCGUUCAGAUCUGCUUCUUUGCCCUCAUUGCCAUCCAGAGCAAGCGCAGGGUGCCCCACGCGCACACUGUCCUCGAGGUCGUCAAGGCUCGCUACGGUGUCUUUGCUCACGCGGUCUACGCCGUCCUGUGCAUUGCGACCAACAUCAUCGCCAGUGUCAACAUGUUCCUUGGAGCUUCAGCCGCUAUUGCUGCUCUGACUGGUAUGAACACUGUGGCCGCCAUCUUCUUGCUUCCCGUUGGCGUGUGCCUCUACACCAUCACUGGCGGCCUUCGCGCGACCUUCAUCACCGACUACCUCCAUACCGUCGCAUUGCUCAUCAUCUGCGUCUACCUGAUCCUGAAGGCGCUCACAAGCGAAGCUGUCGGCGGCGUCGACAACCUCUGGCGCAUGGUCGAGGCUGCCGGCAUCAUGAACCCCGUUGAGGGCAACCACAACGGCUCUUACUUGACCAUGUCGAGCCAAAAUGCAAUCGCCUUUGGCACUCUGCACACCCUCGGUAACUUUGGCCUCGUCCUUCUCGACAGCAGCUACUGGCAAAAGGCCUUCAGCGCCGACAUCACCGCUGCCGCACCCGGCUACAUUCUCGGAGGCGUCCUCUACUUCGGCAUUCCUUGGGCUCUUGGAACAGUCAUGGGCUGCGUCGGCAUCGGUCUGGGAGCCUCGCAGGCACCGUCCUGGCCUGUUCACGGACGCAUGCUCACGAUGAGCGAGUCAAACAACGGCCUUGUCCUUCCCUACUCCGCCUUGGCUGUCAACGGAUCGGCAGGCGCCGUUGCUGUUGUCAUCGUCAUCUUUAUGGCCGUCACCAGCACGAGCUCGGCUCAAAUCGUGGCCGUUUCCUCAAUUGUCAGCUCUGAUCUCUUCCACACCUACCUGCACCCCAAAGCAACGGAAAAGCAGAUCAUCUGGGUCUCGCGCGCCGCCUGCGUCAGCUUCGCUCUCGUGGCUGCCGCCGUCAGCACCGCCCUUUACUACGCCGGUCUUUCGCUGACCUGGACUCUGUACUUCCUCGGAGUGAUCACCUGCCCUGGCAUGGUGACCAUUUCCCUCACCGUUCUCUGGAACCGUCAGACCAAGGCUGCCGCCAUCCUUUCGCCCCUCAUCGGACUGGCCGCUGGUAUCGCUGUUUGGAUCUCGACGGCGUGGUACUACGGUGACGGGGUCAUCAACGUCACGACCACUGGCGCCUUGAUCCCCUGCAUGUGGGGCAACAUCACCUCGUUUGCUGUGCCGGCGAUUCUUUCUCCCGCUAUCUCGCUCAUCUUCCCCAGCGAGCCCUUCUCUUGGGAGCGCUUCAACUCGAUCAAGCUUAUCAGCGACGACGACGCCUCGAGCGUGCAAGAAGAGAAGGAGAACCGGUUCGUUGACACUUUCACGCCUGAACAAGAAUCGUACAUGGCUCGCAUGUCCAAGUGGGCGUUUGGCCUGGGUAUCUUUUUCUUCCUCGCUGUUUGGGUCCUCGUCCCCUUCGGCCAGUACGGCGCCUACACGACGUUCAGCAAGCCCUUCUUCCGUGGAUGGAUCGUUGUCAGCAUCAUCUGGCUCUUUGCCACGCUCCUCAUCGUCACCUUCAUGCCGCCGAUCGAGGGCCGCCACACCCUCCUUGCCCUUCUUACUGGCAAGCCUCGGGCAGACGCGAGUGCGCAGAAUGUGCACAAGCGCGCCGAAAAGGGCACCAUUCUCCCAGACGAGACGUCCUCAGACAGCGAUGGCGCCGCUGACCAGAAUGCCACCGCGCGUGCCUCCCCUGUCGAAGAGGCUGAGAAGAAGGUGUAA